UUCCGGUUCACAUGUAAACUUCGGCUAACGUGACACGAGUCGGGUCAAUAUCUUUAAAGACUGGCCGAAAAAUUUAAGAAAUAAAACAAUGAAGCUUCUGACGCAUAACAUGCUGACGUCUCACGUGAAAGGAGUGACCAAAGGCUACCCGUUGCUUAUCAAGGCCACAGAGGUGAAGGUGAAUGAGGUGGACUUCAACCCCAAGUUCAUUUGCCGCAUGCUGCCCAAGCUUGAGUGGAGCGCUUUGGUCCAAGCUGCUGAAGGGCUGGGUCACCUGCAUGACCUGCCAACUGCACUGGUGCCAGACUACGAGAGCAAUGAAGACUUCCUCAAGAAUGUCCACAGGGUACUGCUGGAGGUGGAGGUUAUCGAGGGGUGUCUGCAGUGUCCUGAAUCAGGACGUGAGUUUCCCAUCUCCAGAGGGGUCCCCAACAUGCUGCUGAAUGAAGACGAGGUGUAGAUCAGAGCCCAGAGAAUGGAGCCCCGAGCUUACAAACCCCCCCCCCACCCCAUCUAAUCAGUUACACACAUGGACACAACAACCACGGGUUCCCGCGCGUCCUGGAAAAUAGCUGACCAAUUUUCCAGUCAUGGAAAAUGAGAGGAAAAACUAAAAUGUCCUGGAAAACCUUGUGUUGUGCUGGAAAAUUAUUUCGGCAUUUUUCUGUUUUCCUUUAUCUUAGAAUUAACUACUAGGCGAUCUAUCGGAGUGCCCUAAAACGAAUAUUUCCCAUAUUUCUGACCUGUGUUAUUCUAGGAUCAAUUUGUCAUGAUUUCCAGACAUGUAAGAGAUGAUUUCAUAGAUAAGUUGAAGCCGUAGACUGCACGUCUUUUAAAUCCAACUUCCACAGAAAGGGACAUAUUAGUAUAUGGCACGAUCCCUGUCUGUCGUACCAGCUAGACCAGGGGUGGCUAACCACGUGCCACGGAGAGCAGGUUUUCAUUCCAGCCGGACCCCACACCGGGGGCCUCGUGUAUCAGUCGUUACUAUGGGGAAAUCUGUGCGUACACACCCAUUGAAUUUUUUUAGCCCUCAAUAUUGUCUGAUAGACAGCAGCAAAGCAUGAUGGUUAUUUGUAAUUCCUUCCUCCUAACAUCUAUUGUCCACCUCUUGCAACGAGCAAUCACCCAGGCCUGCAAAGACAUCAGUGUUAGCCAAUCGGUUUCUAGAUUCAGUGGUUACCCAGGUUCUACACUGGUCUCUGAGACAAACUUCAGGGCUAAAAAAUCCCAUGGGUGUGUACGCACAAGUUUGCCCAUAGUAACGACUGAUACAUGAGACCCCAGGUGGUCUCACUGAUUAGCAAACCUUCAACCGAAGAGGGAGAUUGUGUCGGUGAGAUCACCUGGCAUGGAGUCGGGCUGGAAUGAAAACCUGCAUACACAUGGCCCUCCAUAGCACAUGGUUAGCCACCGCCAGUGUUGCCAGAUGUACGAUAAUUAUCGUAUUUGUACGAUAAUUUUGCCCUCUGUACAGUCAGUAAUGACAGCAAGUCCCAUAAUGUACGAUAAUUUGGUCAUUUUGCGACACUUUGUAUUAGGCGUGGUAGGCCUAUUCAGUCUUGGAUAAUUAUCGUACAUCUGGCAACACUGGCCACCGCCGAGCUUAGAUCAUCACUGAAAAUAUCCUGGAGGAGUCCUGGAAAAGGAUCUCUAGAAAAGAGUGGGAACCCUGAACCAUCUAUCAAACAGGGCCGUGGUUAAUUCAACAGUGGACAAAGCGGACUCUGGUUUUGAGAAAAUGUGCCACACUCUCGACUUGUUUGCAGUCAUAGCUUUUAAGUGGCUAGUCAUACCUCAAGGAAGACGAGAUAUAACAGAAUGGAAAAAGUCCCUGAACAAUACCAUAAGUGGUGGUGUAAUCUUUUAUUUAUUUUUGUAACCGUUUUUGGUUUGUUUCUUACUUUUCUUUUCCAAUAAAACCUAAUUUCCGAUU